GAGAAAAAUGAAAAAGAAAGAAAAUUGAAUAGAUGAACCUGCUAACAGAUUGAAGUAGGACUGAAACUGCUUCAUUUUCCCCUAGAAGUCAGUCUAUGUAGCUCUUUAUAGUCCAUAAAUUAAGCUGGCAGUGAGGUUUGUGUCCUUGAAGAGCGAAGCUGUCCCAGUUGGGACAGCUCUGCUGUCCACUAGAUGGCGCUGCUAGCCUACUGGGGUGGAUUGUUGCAGGGCUCGUAGGUGCGUACUCAUGCACGGGAGCAGUGAAAAUGGCGCCACUCAGCUACCCAGUCUGUCCUCCUGGAUCAGCAAUCGUGCACUCGUCCUCUGUCUUCAACUCUCGUCCACUCUCCGUUUCUUCACUCUUCGUGACCAGGCUCCAGGCAGCACCUCUCUCCCAAGCCUUAUCUCAGAUGCGGCUGUUUUCCCCGGCCUCCUACUUCCGAAGGACUGUGGCUUUGACCCGUUCUGCCCCUCUGCAGGACGGUCUUCGAGCAAUGGCCGAAUGAGCAAUGGCUGAAUAUCGGCUGCACCCAGCUAUGCCCGUUGGACCCUGUUUUUGCCGGUGCCCCGAGACUGCGGCCAGAAUGCCAGCCCGCCCCAGAAAAAGUUCGCGAGACAGUGUAGCAGCAGCAUCUCAGGGAUUAUGGAAAAUUGCAGCACACAUCUGGCACCAGGCUGCACCCUUAACAACCUUGUCCCAGCACCAGCGAAUGUGGCCGCCUUCCGGGGUCUGCUGGGACCAGGUGGCUUCAACAGUCUUUACCAAAUGUCCUUCCAGCAGUGGAACCGCUUUUCCCCGUGAGGCCCGAGAACCUCCCGGACCCCACCCUCUUCCUGGGGGUUCGCCCUUCCCACCAGAGCACUGCCAGAAUGUCACUGUCUUCCAACACUUUAAAAGACUGAUUGAUCUAAGAAGACGAGGAGAGCCACGUCAGAUAGUGAGAUACAUCAAUCCUAAAGAGGUUAAAUUUCCACCUGAUAUAUACUAUAAAAUUUUCACUCAUAGACCUAUUGAAGAUCUGUGUGCUAAUAGCCCUAGAGAUUAUACAAAACUUCCAGCAAAAUAUACGUCUCAUAUUAAAAGUGAUAAUCUUCAGGAAGAGGAUCAUCGUGGCUGGUAUCGUCGUAUCGAGAACAAUGGCUGGAGGCUUGUCUCUGAUACAUUUUGGGUGUCUCCUGAAAACGUAGAGGUGGGAGACAAAAAAGAAAGCGAAUUCCAUUUCUCUAAACUGAAGAGAAGGCAAGAUAUGGAAAAGAAAAGAAAAAUUAGAAAAAUAGAAUGGAUGAGGAAAAUGUACUAUACAGGAAGCCUAGAGGCCAGGUCAACAAACGCUAAAACUCUAGGUUUAAUCCACACAGCAACGAAGGGGCUAAUGAGAGCUGUCGAAAUCGGUGGAAUAGAUUCGGUGAUGGAAUGGGAGGUGGAUGAAGUGCUCAACUGGACAAACACGCUGAACUUUGAUGAGUAUAUUGCCAACUGGAAGGAAAUUGCUACAAGCAACUCUUCAGCUAACUUCAAAAGUUUCCCAUUUGAGCAAGCACGGAAACGAGGAUACGACUAUGCGGAUAUAUCAGAGGAGAAAUUGGGAAUCCCAGAAGAUACUUUAGAUGGAAGUUUUUAUGAAAAACCAAAUUUUCCGAGACUAUCACCUGAUCUCACUUACGGAGUAUAAAGUUCUCCGCUUUCCUGAGCGGUAGCCCUUCACACCCCGACUCCAUCAGUUACUGUCAAGAGAUCGUUUACUCUGACUGGAAUGACUUGUGUGUUCUUGGCACAGAAUCUGUCUACCUCAAGUAAAUAAGGAAGCCUAAAGAGAAAUAAGACAUCAGACUCAAAACAAUGGUCAUGAAAAUGUAGAAAUUAUUCCUUGUAUUCGAAGAAACUGCAGUAAUCUCACAGUCACACAUAAAUAAAUACAUUUAGGUGCAAAAAAAAAAAAUCUUUGGAUUUUCUUCUUGAAGCAUUCUUUGGGUGUUCAUGUCAGAGCUCUUUUUCCAUUUAAAAAAGGAAAGGGGCACCUGGGUGGUCAGUCUGUUAAGCGUCCAGCUUCGACUCAGGUAAUGAUCUUGGGGUCAGGGAGUGGGUCAGUGAGUUCGAGCCCCUCGUCGGGCUCUGUGCUGACACCUCAGAGUCUGGAGCCUGCUUCGGAUUCUGUGUUGCCCUCUCUCUCUGCCCCUC